UCUAGUCCCGGCAUUGAACUCUCUCGGCAGCUCCCCAUUUCUUCUUUAUUCCUGCUUCUUUCUUCUUCUUCUUCGCUUCUUUCACACUCUUUCAGAGUCUUCAAACACAAAAACACACACUGAUUUCACAUAGUUAAACCUUCUACAUACACCGAUUCCCAACUCUACUCUCUCCUACAUACAGAUAUAUAUAUGUUAUGUAAAUUCGGCGUCGUUUAGUUCAUCUCGAUGCAGCUUCGGUUUUCGCGAUUCCGCUCAGAACUCAGAAUUUCAAUUUCUUAAACCCUAAUUUGCCCUUUUUUCCUUCUAUUCAUGCUUGCCAUUGCCUAAUACAAUAAUUUUGAAAUUGGUUACCUCGUCGUUACCUCCAAAGUUUGCUGAUUGUUUGUUGGCUCUUUGGAGUAAUUUUGGGGGGAGAUGAAAUCGAAGAUAAAAUGGGCGGCAUUGGGAGGGCUAGUGUUAUCAUUUGUAUCUUUGUUAGUGCAUUUAUUUCUUGCAAAGUCGAGUGCGAACAUUGUUCAUUACGCUGGAAUUCCAUUCAUGACUAAAAGUUGGAGUCAAUUCAUUCCUGCUGAAGAUGUUGAGGUUCCGGUGAAUAAGAAGUUGUGGGGAAAGGUCAAGGCAUUGGAAGGAUUGCAUCCAUAUGCGAAACCAAGAAGUGCAUAUCCUGUUCCAAUCACACAGAACAAUGGCUUCAUUUAUGCAAAAAUCUUUGGGGGCUUUGAGAAGAUCAGGAAUUCAAUUUGUGACCUGGUCGCUGUUGCAAGACUUCUAAAUGCUACCCUUGUUAUCCCUGAGAUUCAACAAAGUAUUCGCUCAAAAGGAAUCAGUUCCAACUUCAAAAGCUUUUCAUAUAUCUACAAUGAGGAGCAGUUCAUUGCAGCUCUAGCAACUGAUGUAAUCAUUGUGAAGGAUCUUCCCCCAAAUCACAAGGAUGCCAGAAAGCAGAAGCAAUUUCCAACUUUCAGACCCCAACAUUCAGCUCCUCCAAGCUUUUACCUGACCAAUGUUUUACCCAAACUAAAGAAAGCUAAGGUCGUUGGGCUCAUAGUUACUGAUGGAGGAUGCCUACAGUCCAUUCUUCCUAAUAGCCUGGGUGAAUACCAGAGGCUGAGAUGUCGUGUUGCUUUUCAUGCUCUUCAGUUCCGCUCAGAAAUUGUUGCACUUGGGCGCCUGAUGGUACAAAGGUUACGCUAUCCAGGUCAUCCUUACCUUUCUUAUCACCCUGGGCUUAUAAGAGAUACCCUAGCAUAUCAUGGAUGUGCUGAACUCUUUCAGGACAUUCAUUCUGAGCUGAUACAGUAUCGGCGGAAGCAGUUAAUCAAACAGGGGAUUGUUAAUCAAGAAUUAAGUGUUGAUUCAUAUGCUCAAAAAGCAAAUGGCUCAUGCCCACUUAUGCCAGAAGAGGUAGGGCUUCUGCUUCGAGCAAUGGGCUAUCCUCCAACAACUACGAUCUAUCUGGCCGGUUCUGAAACCUUUGGUGGUCAAAGGGUUUUGAUUCCUUUACAUGCGAUGUAUACCUACUUGGUGGAUCGGACCUCUUUGUGCAGCAAACAAGAGCUGGAUGAUUUAAUUGGCCCAGAAACCCCACUUCCUCCAGAUCCACUUGAAGCUUUACCUGCAAAAAGUGUUAGGCAACAAAAAGAGGAAUGGGAAAAGGCUGGUCCUCGCCCCAGGCCGCUUCCCCCCCCUCCUGAUCGACCAAUUUAUCGGCACGAGAAAGAAGGUUGGUAUGGCUGGGUUGCUGAAAAUGAUACAGAGCCAAACCCUUCGCCUUCUGAUUUAAGGGAGCAGGCACAUCGAUUGUUAUGGGAUGCUCUUGAUUACAUUGUUUCAGUGGAAGCUGACGCAUUUUUUCCUGGCUUUGACAAUGAUGGUAGUCAAUGGCCUGAUUUCUCUGGCUUGGUCAUGGGACACCGGCUCUAUGAGAUGGCUUCUUCAAGAACGUUUCGACCAAACAGGUAA